AUGAUUACACAGGCGUCGAUUCCUGAAGUGAGGGAGGAUGUUAUUGGGUUUGCGCUAGGUGAGAGAAAGGCCAUUCUUCCACAAUGUCAGGAUCUGGGACCUCCGGACUUGAUUACCAUGGUUAAAUACGUGCCAACACCAAACUCAAAUGCUACUGCAGGCACCACCUCAGGUAAUGGAGCUGGUGGUGCAAAUAAUGGCACUGCUGGAGCAGCUAAUGGAAAUAAUUCCUUGUCUACUGCUGAUCCAGCCGCCCUGUUGGCAGAGAUUCACUCCCAUGACAAACUAAAGGGGGCAAUUGGCACCUUCUUUUACACACUAGGUAUUGAUACAUCUGAUCCAACUUCUAUUUCUAUCUCUUUAAAACAAAUUGCUGACGCGAUUGCUGAGAAGCCUCAAAAAUGGUUUGGCAAGUUUAAGAAUUUCAGUAUCGCCAGGAUUUCCCUGUCGACAUACAAUAUCUUCAGAAGAUGUGAUGUUAAUGUGAUUGUACACAUACCAGGUGCAGUACAAACCUAUGUACUAGAUUCAAAUGGUGAGCAUUUGCCUGUCUCAGGUAAUCAAACUACACCAACCGUCGCUUCCACGGCUAGCGCCAAUCCAAUUGAUCAGGCAAGUGAGAUGGAUGUCAUUUGGGCGGAGACUUUCAUCAGUGGAGUAAUUCGUUCAAUUAUGUUUAUGAAGGAUAACGCCGAUGAUGGUGAGGCCCAACCCUUGGUCGAAACUUUAAUUUUGAAUCCAUUGACAGCAGGUAAACUAGACGACGUUGCAAAUACAUUUAUAAAGCUCUUCCCAACGGUCUAUGAAAGAGGUGUGUUGACUGAAGCACCUUGUCACGUUUUGGUGCCAACUAGAACAAACAACUACCUAGUUGAUACUUUGGUAGAACUGGUUAGGCUAACGAAAUCGGUCGACAUCUGUAGACCUAUGCUUGAAGAGCUCAUUAAAAGUUAUCCAGAUGCUAGCAUAGUCCUUGCGCGUGUCUUGAUGGCUUGUGAUUAUGAGAUUGAUGCUAUUGAUAUCAUAAACAGAGAAUUACUACCUCAUGGAGAAGAAGAUGAUACUAUAUCACCUAUAUUUAGAGCAGAAUUGUUAUGCCUACAAACACAGUUUUUAAUGAAUGUUAAAAAUGACUAUAAGCUGGCGCUGGAAGUGGCUCUAUCCGCAGUUAAAUUUUCUCCCAGUGAGUUCAUUCCAUGGUUUCUGCUAACUAAGAUAUACAUCAAGCUAAAUGAUAUUGAAAAUGCCCUUUUGGCUUUGAAUUCAUGCCCUAUGGCUCAAUCACACGAAAGAUAUGUCCUAAAGAGAGCGGUACCUAUUGGAUCAGAGGAUAAUCUCCACCUACCAUUGCCAGAAAACAUAGGAGUUGAUGAAAUUUUACAAUUAAAUCCUAGCGAUGUUAACAAGGAACAAUUAAAUUCUGAUCCAUCUUUAACUAGAUCCGCUGCUUUAAAUUUGAAGUCUACAUAUCUAUUGGCAUAUAGGUUAUUGACAGAAAUUGUACAAAUCACAGGCUGGGAGACCCUAUUGAAGUGUAGAUCUAAGAUAUUUGUUAUGGAGGAUGAAUAUCAAAUAUCCACGGAUGAGGUAUCAUUGACAAACCAGAGUAAUAGAAAUGAGGACACACCAAGUGAGUUAAAUAUGAGAACUAAGAGACUUUGUGAUAGGUGGUUAGAUAACCUUUUCAUGCUUCUAUAUGAAGACUUGAAGAUAUACACAUUAUGGCAGACAGAACAGUUAUAUUUCGAAGCACAAAAUAGUAAAUACAAGAAGCUGACAUAUGAAUGGGAAGCAUUUGGGCUUUGUGCACAGAGACUAGGACAUCUUCCUGAAGCUGCUAGCGCAUUCCAAAGAGGUCUUUCCCAAAGAUUUGCUCCAAUGAGUGCGCGGAUGUUAUUGAAUUAUUAUAUUCAGGAACAUCACCGCGUGAGAAACCAAUCCUUAUCACCAAACUCUGAACUCACAUCAUCGCAAAUAAUAUCACGUAUCAAUGACUUAGAUUCUCGAAUUAUAGAUUUAUGUGUCAAGCUAUGUUGCUGGAACCACCGUUGGUACAUUGAGUUUUCGAUACAACUUAUCGACGCGCUGAGUGUCGCAGUUCAAGAUAUGGGUAUCAUGAAGGUAAUCAACGAAAUAGCGUCUCGUUAUCCGGAUGCCGUUGUAUCUAUAAUGAAAGAAAACUUCUUAGACUUCUUGGAAAACUAUACUAACGGAUUCUUUGAUGCUUGA